UCUGGAUACCCUCGCUCCUAUAAACCCUACUUCUUCUUCUUCUGCUGCUCCAAUUUCAUUUCUGGCUGUUAUCUUAUCCACAAAACCCCAUCCCCAAUUCUUCCCAAAACAAUCAAUUCAAAUGGCUUCCGCCAAUGCUAUCUCCACUGCCUCCAUCCUCCCUUCACGUUCCAAACAAGGAGGAUUUUGUAGCAGGAGCUCCAGUCGGUUGCAGCGGGGGCAGAAUUUCGGGCAGAGGCAAGCGAAGAACAGGUUUGCAGUGAGAGCCAAUGCUAAAGAAAUUGCGUUCGACCAGAAAUCGAGGUCUGCAAUGCAGAUUGGUAUCGACAAGCUUGCCGAUGCCGUUGGUCUCACUCUCGGUCCCCGAGGCAGAAAUGUAGUCUUGGAUGAAUUUGGGGCCCCAAAGGUGGUCAAUGAUGGGGUUACAAUUGCUCGGGCCAUAGAGUUGCCUAAUGCCAUGGAAAAUGCUGGGGCUGCUUUGAUUAGAGAGGUUGCUAGCAAGACAAAUGAUUCGGCUGGUGAUGGGACUACAACAGCAUCUGUUCUUGCUCGCGAGAUUAUCAAACUUGGCCUUCUGAAUGUUACCUCUGGCGCCAAUCCAGUUUCAUUGAAGAGGGGGAUUGAUAAAACGGUGAUGGGAUUGGUUGACGAGCUUGAAAAUAAAGCCAGACCAAUUAAGGGUGGAGAUAUCAAAGCCAUUGCUUCAAUCUCUGCUGGAAAUGACGAGAGCAUAGGCCAGAUGAUUGCUGAUGCAGUUGACAAGGUCGGACCAGAUGGUGUCUUGUCCAUCGAGUCAUCAUCUUCCUUUGAGACCACAAUUGCUGUUGAAGAAGGAAUGGAGAUCGAUAGAGGAUACAUCUCCCCCCAAUUUGUUACCAAUUUCGAGAAGAUGACUGUCGAAUUCGAGAAUGCAAGAGUUUUGGUUACAGACCAGAAGAUUUCGGCAAUCAAGGACAUAAUCCCCCUGCUGGAGAAAACGACUCAGUUGAGAUCACCUCUGCUUAUUAUUGCAGAGGAUAUUACCGGAGAAGCUUUAGCUACACUUGUUGUAAACAAGCUUCGAGGCAUUCUGAACGUCGCCGCCAUUAAAGCACCUAGUUUUGGCGAAAGAAGGAAAGCUAUUCUUCAAGAUAUUGCAAUUUUGACCGGGGCCGAGUAUCAAGCGACAGAUCUCGGAUUGCUAGUGGAGAAUACGGAUAUAGACCAGUUAGGUAUAGCGAGAAAGAUAACCAUCACCAAAGAUUCGACAACCAUCAUUGCUGAUGCUGCGACGAAGGACGAACUACAGGCUCGGAUCGCUCAGCUUAAGAAGGAGCUAGCUGAAACCGAUUCAGUUUAUGACUCUGAGAAACUUGCAGAAAGAAUUGCUAAAUUGUCCGGCGGGGUUGCUGUGAUAAAAGUCGGUGCAGCAACGGAGACAGAGCUCGAGGAUCGUAAGCUUCGGAUCGAAGAUGCCAAAAAUGCGACUUUUGCUGCCAUCGAGGAGGGCAUCGUCCCUGGCGGCGGCGCCGCUCUCGUCCAUCUCUCGACUCAUGUUUCGGCUAUCAAGGACAAGCUUGAGGACGCAGAUGAACGACUUGGCGCGGAUAUUAUCCAGAAGGCACUAGUAGCGCCGACAGCUCUGAUAGCCCAAAACGCGGGAGUGGAGGGCGAGGUAGUUGUGGAGAAAGUGAAGGCGAGCGAAUGGGAGUUCGGGUACAAUGCGAUGACAGAUACGUACGAGAAUCUUGUAGAGGCCGGAAUUAUCGACCCUGCCAAGGUGACACGAUGCGCGUUGCAGAAUGCAGCUUCAGUUGCCGGAAUGGUGCUCACGACGCAAGCCAUUGUGGUGGAGAAACCCAAGCCAAAGACAGCCGCUGCGGCAGCCGCCUCCGGCGAGCCGCCGAUCGGAUCCUACUCAGUGUGAUGUGAUAGAGAUGAAGAAGAAAUUUGUGUUGUUGUGUUAGUGUUUUUGUAGUAUGCAAGACUUGAGGUUUUGAGGGAAGCAGGGGGAUAAUUAAAAUUGUUAUAUGAAGAACUUUAGUUAUGAAAAUUGUUCAAAUUGUAGGGUGGAUAAAGAUCUUGUUGAAUUGCACAAACAUGCCUAGGACAAGGUGCCACUUAUCCCGCGUAAGAGUAUGUACUUUCCUUGCGUCCAAUAUUUAUAUAUCAAUUUACUUUUUA